AUGUCUGGCCAAGAAACCUCGCUUGACCUGACUCAUGUCCUAUAUGACGAUUCCUCGCUAUUUUCUCUGGCCCUGGCGCUGAUCACUCUCAGUCCCAUCCUCCUCAUGCCAGCAUAUGCCGCGCUCUGCGUACAGACGCGCGAACUGACGAUAAUCGUGAUGUGGGCUGGUCAGUGGGCUUGCGAGGGGCUGAACUGGGUGCUCAAACGGGCUGUGAAGCAACAGCGACCGGUGGCCAGUACAUGGGAUAUUUUGCUGCGUUUUUGGUCUGCCAUCUAUGCUUUCAUCACCGGUUUACCUCGUCCGGAUACCCCAUUCUUGAUCUUCUAUGGCGCUACGCCGUAUAUUCGGCGAUCCUGGGAUGGGCAGGCGCAGUUGCGUACUCGAGAUACCAUCUAG